AUGUGCUACUAUGGCAGCUACUAUGGUGGCCUGGGCUAUGGCUGUGGUGGGCCAGGCUGUGGCUAUGGCUGUGGCUGUGGCUAUGGUGGCUCUGGUGGCUAUGGUUAUGGCUGUUGCCGCCCCUUGUGCUGUAGAAGAUACUGGUCCUAUGGCUUCUACUGA